UUUAGCUCCAUAUAAUCGUAUUUGGUUUAAACGACACGUUUCAGUUGCGCGCAUUUAUUUUGAAAGCGCGCACCGGAAGCUCAUUGUGCGGCUCCCCGCAGCUUCACAGCUGUCCCAUGUAGCUCAUGCCUGGAAAGCAUCAGUGAGUUCAGUUUGCCCGGUGCGCACAGAGGACUCUGCGGGGUCACGGAGCUGCAGCGUCCCGCGGACCGAACCCGAACCUGCUUGCCCUGCGACCGGCACCAGAGCCUGAGGAAGACCCGUCCCGACCGCCGCGGACUCAAAUGAACAGACCGCAUCCAUCUGAGGAGCAGAUUCCAGCGCUGGUUCCGAGAUGAAAGCGGUCGGCAGGCAGGUCAGGGUGUCCUCCGAGACGCCGAACGGAGACACGAAGCGGAGGCCGAGUUACCCCGGAGAGCUGCGGGCCAAGCACGCCAACAUGUCGGCCAAGAUCUGGGUGAAAGUGGCCAUGGCCAUCGCUUACUUCUUCAGCGUGUCCGUGGCCGCCUUCAUCCUGGCCAUCUACUACGCGUUCUUCUGGAAAUCUAACUCUCUGUCCGGGAACAGCACCAGGGUGCAGAACCGUACCGAGUGCGUGUCGAGUUCCGGAUGACUGCGCGGGACGCGGUAGACAGGUGAACGCACACACCUGACAAGCGGCUGCGGGGUGAUGGAGAGGAUUCUGCAUGGAUGGAGGAGCUUUUCCGUUUUUAUCCCCGAACCCUCUGGGUCUCACUCUGCCCGUCAAACAGACACAGAAAUGUCGUUUUUGGACUUUUAGGAGUCCGGUUGCUGCCCUUUUGUCAACCUUUAAGCCAGGGCCGGAUUCAGUUUGUCCGAACCUCUGGGCGCAGAGGCGUCCAAAAGGCCCCAGAAGUCCCUCCGGAUGCAGAACGAAGAGAUCCUUCUCAAAACACCUGAUUCGGUUUGAUUAGGGAACAAAAAUACAACAUUUUCAGCUGCUGAGGUCACUGUGUCAAACAAUCCAAACUAAUUAAAAACAGUUCCUCUCCUCGCCUGUGGCGGCGUUGGAGGAAACGACAUGAAGAAGACAUUGAGCCGAGCUUCCUUCUUCACAAAAAUAUAGACAAAAAUGAAGUAGCAUGAGAUUUUUUUAAUUUCUCUUUUGUUUUUGGUUUUAAAAAAAACCCACAAGCCCCUUUUCCCACUGGCACGAGAUCAAUACGUUUGGUUUGAUCGUAUUUACCCAGAAUGCCCUGCGUUGUAGUCCGCUUCCUGCUUUUUGGAGUGGUUUCCAUCUCAGAUGUGUUUUCCCACCUGAUAGGUAACCAAAGUUGAAACACUGAGUCAAACCAUCCAAACUAAUUGAAAGACCUGUUCCCUUUCUCACCUGUGGGGGCGCUGUACCAAGAUCCCCUGAAGGAAACGACA